AUGCGCAUAGACUACCAUCCACUCCUCCCCACCGGCCAAUAUGCGCCCACCAAAACCGCCGAUCUCUACCACACCUUUCCGCGCUCAUACGGGAGACAAUUCCCCAUCCCUCUACACAUCAACCGCGCAUCUAGGACCUACGCGCUCUCGCACCUCACGCUUCGAUUCCACUGCUAUUGGAAUUUAAAAAUCGACGUGCCCUAUAUCCAAGCGAAAGGAUGUUCAAAAUCCGCUGCGCGGUUUAAUUUUGCGCAUUUGGCUGGGGCUGGUUUAUUAGAUGGAUUUCGAAAUUUAGCGCUAGAUGUGGAGAUUUUGUAUGGGAGUGUUAAUUCGCCUGAUGUUGCGGCAUCUAUACAGCAGUGUUUGGAUCUCACAAACCUGUAUCUCGCUUACCCAUCGAUGGGGAUAUGGGAUGAUGCAGAAGGACCCGAUACUUCCAAGGCGUGGUCGAUAGGACCUCCGUCGGAGAGCAUGGUGAGUGUCGUGUCCAGGAAAGCUACUAUGACGAAACUUCCGGAAGAUGUGUUGGGAUAUCUUAAAGAUGAUGAUCGAGUGGCACUCGAGAAUUUGCCGGGACGGACGUCAAAGCUAAAGAUCGAUAUGAUUACGUGGUUGUCGAUGAUAGAGAAAAGGGAUCUAUUGUUUUCGGCUGUUAUGGGAUGGGGGGUAUAA